AUGCCGGAAAGCACAGGAACUCCAGAUGCCCCGGAUCACCAAAUCCUGCCAACGGGGACUCACUCAGAUACACCGAAGCCUCUUCAAGCAGGCCAGGCAUAUGAACCAGGUUUGCGUCGGGUGCCUGACCGUAUUCCUUGGGUUGUCGCACUCAUCAUCGUUGUCGAGCUUGGGGAGCGAUUCACCUACUUUGGUCUUAGCGGACCAUUGCAGAACUACAUCAAAAAUCCGUACGUCCCUGGUGCGGAACUACCAGGUGCUCUUGGUAAGGGACAGGCAGUUGCAUCUGCUCUAGGUAACUUCUUCAAGUUUUGGGCGUAUGCCUCCACCAUCCUGGGGGCUGUAGUAGCUGAUCAGUACGUCGGCAAGUUUAAGGCUAUAGUUAUAGCCUCUGGGGUUUAUAUCGUCGGCUUGACUAUCCUUGUAGCAACGGCGACCCCAGCAGCUAUCAAUGGCGGAUCAGCAUUUGGUGGGCUCGUUGCCUCGAUGGUUAUCAUUGGACUGGGAACCGGUGGAAUCAAAGCAAAUGUCACCCCUUUCUGUGCCGAACAGUAUAACAGAGGCAGUGCUUUUGUCAAGACACUGAAGUCAGGAGAACGUGUUGUUGUCGACCCUGAGCUCACCGUGGAGCGAAUGUUCAUGUGGUUCUACUGGGCCGUCAAUAUCGGAGCCCUAUCGCCAUUGAUCACUGUCAACGUGGAGGCCAAGGUGUCCUUCUGGCUAGCCUUCCUGAUACCUUUGAUUGUGAUUGUCCUUGCUGCCAUCGUCUUCAUAUGCAGCAGCAAAUUGUAUGUCAAGACCCGACCACAAGGUUCACCAAUUGUCGAAACCGCUAGAACGGUAUAUGUUGCUAUAUCAGAAAGAGGUUUCGAGAACGCAAAGCCAAGUUCUCUGAGCGAACGGGGUCGGCUAGCGAAAUACUCCAUUGCAUCCAGCGCCAACUAUACCGAUCAAAGUGUUGACGGGGUUAAGAAGGGCAUCAGGGCCUGCAAACUAUUCCUCCUCUUCCCGUUUUAUUUCAUUUGUUGGGUUCAGAUCUGGAAUAACCUUAUAUCUCAGGCCGGUCAAAUGGCUCUGCACGGCACUCCGAACGAUCUGCUACAAAACCUCGACCCUAUUGCCUUGAUUAUCUUCAUUCCGUUCCUCGAUCUCGUGGUCUACCCAGCGUUGCGUCACUUCAAGAUCGAUUUCCGACCAGAGUUGAAGAUUACUGUCGGGUUCUUCAUGGCUUCUAUGUCGAUGGUGUACGCCAGUGUUCUCCAACACUACAUCUACAUCUCCCCUGCGCAGACCAUUCACGUUUGGGUCCAGACACCUGCAUACGUUCUCGUCGCCUUUUCAGAGGCUUUCGUUGUGGUGACUGGCUUGGAGAUCGCAUAUACCAGUGCGCCCGAAAGUUUGCGCUCCCUGGUUUCUUCUCUGUUCUGGUUGACUAUCGGCGUAGCGGCGGCCAUUUGUAUCGGACUCGCCCCGGUUUCACAGGAUCCCUAUUUAGUUUGGAUGUAUGGAUCGCUAGCUAUUGUAGGUUUUGUAGCGGGAAUCCUCUUCUAUGUACUCUUCGGAAGGGCUUCGAAUCAGCCAGUUCCGGUGUUGGAUUCGGUGGAGACCACCACUGUGGGCCAGCGGGAAGACGAAGAGGCGCAAGUUGGGAGUGGGAAAUGUAUGGUGGUCACCGGGAAAGAUACAUAG